GAAUGCGGCGGGCGGGCCCCGCUCCCGGCGCCGCCGCCCUUCCGCCUCCUCUCCGCGGCUGAGGGCGAUGCAGGGCCGGGAAAGCCCCGCCGAGCCCGGCUCGGGGCCUGCCAGGCGCUUCCCGGUGGCGGCGGUGGACGAGAUCCUGAGGGAUGUGGUGGGGAGCGCCCUGAGGGAGCAGCGCUACGAGGCGGGGCCGUGCCGGGAGGCGGCCAGGGACAUCGCGGAGGUUGUUAAGGCGCGGGUCAAAGAGCUGGGGGUGCCCAGGUACAAGAUCGUGGUGGUGACACACAUUGGGCAGCUGGGUGAGCAGAGCCUGCAGAUUGGGAGCAGGUGCCUCUGGGAUCCUGGGACUGACACAUUUUCCUCAUUUGUGUUCAAGAACACCUCGCUGUUUGCUGUGGCAAAUGUCUAUGGUGUGUAUUUUGAAUAGGGAGGUAGUCGAGUUUAACAGUGGGAGAAAUUAAUAUUCAGCCUAACUCUUCCUGUCUCUGUUGUUAAAAGCAUCUGUGAAGGACCAAGGUACUCUCACCUGCUUUGAAAUGAGAGCCUCUGGGUGAAUGUAAUAAGGGUCUUUCCCAGAAUUUUCUCUGGGAAGUGGAUGUCUGUGAUAUGUUGUUUUGCACCUGAUUGCUGGUUUCAGAACUCUUCCUGUAGGAGAAAUAUUUUCAGAAUAUUCCCUGUAAGUAAUGUUUUCCCUGUUCUCCAGGAAACAUGACUGGAAGUAUCUGGAUUAGGAAAUAAACCAUGGGUUUUGCCUGCCUGGUUUUGGGGCUGAUGGUCCUAAGUCUCUCCUGGUGCAGCCAUUCCCCACUGAGGUAGGGUCUGGCUGACCUUGCUCUGAUUCUGAAACCAGACUUUUUGCUACCUGUAUUUCCCAGCUGAAACCUGCUGUUAGAUUUUCCUGAGCCAGAGAACAAACCUGUCAUAAAUUGCUUAUUUUACUACAUUUUAGGUGCCAGGCUGAAACCAGAACAGUAGUUAGUUGGGAAGAAAUACUUGUACUCAUGACUAAAAGUUUAACUCUAACCCACUGUAAACACUGUGAAAUGCAGACAACCUGAAGCCACUUGCUGGUGUGCCCUGUGACAUUUAACACCCAAAAAGGGUAAAGCUACAAUUAAAGACCACAACUGAACCAA